AUGGGCGGACAGUCCAAAGUAGAGACCCUACCGCCAUGGGGUAAUGCUGUUGCUGGCGCUGCUGGCGCAGUCAUUGCGAACACUCUUGUCUACCCAUUGGAUUUGAUCAAGACGCGGUUACAAGUCCAGGUCAAGCGCUCUCCGACAGCAGACGCCACCACCAAUCCUGGUGAUGACGAACACUACGAUAGCGCGCUCGAUGCGAUACGAAAAGUGUUUGCCCAAGAGGGCCUGUCUGGUCUGUAUGCCGGCAUGGGAGGUGCGCUGCUCGGUGUAGCUUCCACAAAUUUUGCCUACUUUUACUGGUACACAAUUGUCCGCACUCUCUACAUGUCCAACCGAGCACUGCAAACGUCGCCCGGUACUGCUGUCGAGCUUUCGCUAGGAGCCGUUGCCGGCGCCCUCGCCCAGCUAUUUACUAUCCCCGUUGCGGUAGUAACAACGAGGCAGCAGACUAUGAGCAAGGCAGAGCGCAAGGGCAUGAUUGCCACUGCUAUGGACGUAGUCAACGGUGAAGACGGUUGGACCGGUCUCUGGCGAGGAUUGAGGGCGAGUUUGGUUCUGGUUGUCAACCCCUCCAUCACAUAUGGUGCCUAUCAACGGCUGCGCGAGGUCUUAUACCCAGGAAAGAAGAACCUGAAGCCUAUGGAGGCCUUUCUUCUCGGCUCGCUUUCCAAGAUGAUGGCAACAAUCGCGACACAGCCCCUAAUUGUCGCAAAAGUUGGCCUGCAGUCAAAACCACCGCCAUCCAGGAACGGCAAGCCCUUCAAGUCCUUUACAGAAGUCAUGCAAUAUAUUAUCGAGCACGAAGGUGCCAUGGCGCUAUUCAAGGGCAUCGGACCCCAGAUUCUCAAGGGCCUGCUCGUCCAAGGCUUCCUCAUGAUGACCAAGGAGCGCAUCGAGCUUUCGUUUAUUCUGCUUUUCCGCUACUUCAGACAAGUGCGCGCUCAAAAGCUGCAGAAACUGGCAAAUUUGGCUGCCGAGAAGGCGGGCCAGGCAGCUCCUGUGCUCGUCAAGUAAAGAAAUAGAGAGAGAGAGAGAGAGCGCGCGCUUUAUGUCUGCGGUCGAGAUGUCUAUGCAAUCAUUUCAGGUGUACAUAUACCCUGGUUUGGCCCUGGUCUUUUUUGUUUGUUUGUCUUAAAUCUGCCGUGUUGCGCUGGCGUUUAGAUUUUGUUGGCUGAAGCAUAUUACGGAUUUACAUCUUUUGUUAGCGGAAUAGAAUCCAACAAACGUCUUUUUUCUUUGGAG